GCCUCCGCCCGUGGAACAGCACCGUCAAAAAAGUUUCCACGGAACACUGCAGUGAGGAACAAGACCGGCUCGCGCGUUCUGCCCAUCACGAAUUCAUCAAUCAUAUCAGCUAUGGCAAACGUCACCGUCAUGAGUCCCGUGAGCACAGCGGCAGCGACCGAUCCGGUGACGUCUACGAUAAGCUUCACGCGUUCGAAUUAUACGUCAGCCGAGGUCAUGGAGAAAUUAUCACAGAAAAUCAACACCCGUGCAAUCGAUGAAAUCCCGUUGAUCUGCCUUCUGGUCGCGUACUCGGUGCUGAUAACGACUGGCGCAGCCGGGAACGGACUCGUGUGUAUCGCCGUUGCCCGUAAACCCGCCAUGCGCACCGCCCGGAAUUUCUAUAUCAUCAAUUUGGCGAUAAGUGAUCUCAUACUGUGUUUGUUCACGAUGCCGUUUUCCCUGUUGGAAAUUGUUUUGAAGUAUUGGCCGCUUGGGAUGCUGACGUGCAAAUUAGUCGCCGGACUCGAAGCCACAAGUAUUUUCGUCUCGACCAUCUCAAUCAUAGCGAUCGCGGUCGACCGCUACAAAGUGAUAGUGUAUCCCACGAGAGGACAGUUCAAUCCCGUGAAGGGUUUCCUGAUGGUCGGAGCCAUAUGGUUGGUCGCCCUUCUCCUGGCGAUGCCAUUGUUCCUCUACAAAGUUAUGGUGCGUCACGAGAACCCACACAAGGGGUUAUUGCUCCAAUACGGUUUUCGGAUAUCAGAUCUCGACUUCUGCGUCGAGCGAUGGCCUGUCGAAAGUGGAGGGUUUUACUAUUCCCUGUUCACGAUGGUCUUCCAAUACAUGCUGCCCAUCCUCAUAGUAUCGGUGGCAUACCUUUCAAUCUAUCGUAAACUACGGGAUCGGAUAGCGGCAAAAGGAUCUCAACUCGAAGAAAAGUUGCUCCGAGAGCGGCGGCGAGUUCAACGCACCAAUAAACUACUGAUUUCGAUAACAGUGAUCUUCAUCCUGAGUUGGUUACCGCUAAACGUGCUAAACGCCUAUGUGGACUACAUGGGUAGCGAGAUGGACAACUCUUUCAGGAUUCUCUUUGCCUGCUGUCACAUGUGCGGGAUGAGCUCUGCGUGUUCGAACCCUUUCCUGUACGGGUACCUCAAUGAUAAUUUCCGCAAGGAGUUCAGCGAGAUCCGCGCCGCAUGUUUCGGGGGAAGAGAGAAUCGCUCCGUUUCGAGGCAGAGCACUCUGGAAGAUUCGCGAAUGCCGUCCACUCGACCAACCGUGAACACGAUCGAGAUCCAUUGA